UGUAGAUAUUUGAAAAUCGAAAGUUCGCCGUUGAAACUGAAGUCUGAAAACAUCUUGUCUGCUUCACAGAUUUUCUGUGGUUUCCGAAAAACUUCGACGGGAUCGUAAAAUCCCGUCCAAAGAGGUAUCCCGAUACCUCCAAAGUAUUCAUUCGCUCAGUCAAAACCCAAUAAACUUCUCGUUUCGAUUUACAUUUCUUCAAACCUGCCGGGCCACUUUCCAGUCAAGAGACGCCAACAAGACAAACAUGGGCAAGAAAAAGAACAAGAACAACCCAAUCGUCGGUGAAUUUGCCCGCUACUUUGGCGAGAACACUCUCGAAAACUGGCAGCGUUUGUGCCGGGACAUUGGCAUCCACAAGGAGCUUCCAAGCAUUACUAAAUGUCGCGAGGUCCUGAGAUCGGUCCAUGUCAACAUCUACGACCUCCUAGAUGCCGUCCGGCAGGGAACCACCCCGCAACGCUUUGGAAACCCCCGCCAGCUGGCGCAGUACUCGGUUGCUAAUAGAAAGAUCUAUCCGAGGCACAUGGCGGAGAAGGAUAAAGUGGGACCAGUUAGGGUGUUGUUGAGAGGCUUCUUUGGGGGGGAUUGAUAGGGUAGCGCGUAUUAAAAUGAUUGCUGAAUAGAGAUGGAAGGGAGGACGUCUGUGAAAGGGAGAACAUAAGAGGGGUGUGGAAGGGAUGUGAUAGGCUGGAUGAUGGGAUGGAAUCUGAUGGAUAUGUUCCAUGAGUUGGUUGAGGAAGGGCAUGUGAGUGAUGAGUAACUUGUAACUUGAAAGAAGAAGAAUACGGUAGGAGUCUUUGGCGAUGUGCCCAGGCUUCUUUUAGAGAGUCCUUGUGUGAACUGAGCGAUUGGCUUGUCAAUCCUCGAUGCUUUCCGUAUUCAACGACGCAAUUCAUUGGAUAGGUAGACAGUUGGAUGAAGUGUCUUUGAUUUCUCCAUUUAAGGUCAUCCAC